UCGACGCAAGCGAUCGUUGUUAACACGAUCGGUUUGAUGUAUGGUUCAUAUUUGGCUAGUCAUAUAAUGGGCCUUAGCCCGUGGAGAAGUGGAUGAAUUUGGCCGCUCGACUAGAGGAACUGACACCUGCGAGCUCGCAACGAAGAGCGUCGUUCAUUGCGACCUCCGCAUACGGUGAUGUAUUGGCGUUGAGUCAAAACAACGUCUUACAUUAUACGCAUUCAUCAUUGCGUGAUCUUCGACCAAUCCUUGUCGAUGGCAAUGCGUUUAAGCUCGCUACGUUGACAACAAUUCGUUUCAAUGCUAGUGCGGAGGCGGUUCUUGUCGCCGGCCCGAAUAUAUUAUGCACUGUCUUGCCACCACCACGUGGAAGGGAUGGGGCGCUGUGCCGCAGAGCCGCAUGGAACAGCUCGGUGCUUAUCGAUCAAGCUUGCAGUGUUAACAGUAGUCUCGUUGAUGCGAUAUUUCCAGCACAAUUUGAUGAUUACAUCUGCACACUGGAUGCCAACGGCGUGUUGUGCUUCUGGGAUGUUGGGAGCAGCAAGGCAACAACUAUCAUAACCAGGAUUCAAUGUGCAAGGGCCUUUUGCUUUGGGUCUGCACGGUGGGGACGAUUCAAUAUCUUUGCCGUAACAUCAAAUCACCUCGCGACUAUAUGCCCAGUAGCGCCGAGACGAUGUUGCAUAUCACGAUCUGAAGUAACAAAGCUGCGCCGCGCCUGCACUGGCACCUUCAAGAGCGGGGAUCAUGCAUUGGCAGCGAUAAAAUGGCUGGAUACUACUUUUCCGAAAAUAUGUAAUAAUGAAGUCAAAUUCAAUGAGAAGGCCGCCUGGGUUGCAGCAGACGAGCACCGAUAUAUGGGGGGAGGUGUGUUGUCUUGCGGGUUGGCACCAAUAGAAGCACAUCUCGGUGCUCCUAUUGAGAUUUGUGCCCUCGAAGCACCUGCUAAUGUCCUUAUCCUAGCCACAGAAAACGGCCGUGUGCACGUGAUUCUCGUCGAAGAAGAGAACUUGAGCCCUGUGUGGUCGAGUGCACCAGCAUCCCUGAAGCUGCACAUAGUGGAAUCUUUGGUCAUGCUCGAUGUUGAAGAUAGAAUCUUUCCGCGUCUUGAGGUUCGCAAUAGCGAGAUUUACUAUGUUCACAAUUUUGGCGUCGCAAGCAUCAACGUGUGCUGGCCCCGACACCUGCGUACACGCGUCAAUGGUGGAUUUAAUUUAAACACCUUGGUGGCCAAGCAGCCGAGCCUGUGCCGCCACGUUGUGCUAGCAUCGGACACAGUUUCCAGGAUGGUCGGAGCAGCUAUUCAUAGGAAUUCCGCUUUUGGCUCCCACACAUUGCUAUGUUGGUUUGGUGAUGGUUCUUGUAGCGCUUUUGAUAUGGCCGCCUACCGAUUUGCACAGACUCAGCUCAGCAGUUUCGAAGAAAUGAAGCCAGGAGUUCUUGAUCUUCACCUCACGAGCGAAUUUUCAAACGAGUUGGACUGCAGUCGUGAGGUGUUACACAGAACCUCGAUGCAGAGAUGUGUUGCAACCUCAAUCCAUGAUGCGCUCAGUGAGCUUAAUACCACGUGUGAAGCAAUAGAGAAGGAUGCAAUACUGAGGUUUCGUCAUCUUGCGCGCUGCUCAAAUGCGAUGACCGCUGUUCUCAAAAUGGUUCAAAUAACACUCAAUCGCCAGUUGAGGGCAAACCGGAUAACCCUGGUUGCGAUCAAGCGGCGCAAGGCAAACAACGCCCUCAGCAAAGCGAUGAAAACCACGGUCGUUCAGACCAACAUUCGUCAAAUGCGCCUGCGUGAUCGUGCAGCCAUGCUUAUUGAUGUCGCAACAGAGCUCCGACCACGUCUCUCUCUUGCAGAGAAACACUAUUUCAACAAUCUGAAGGCACUCAAUACUCAAACUAGGCAGGCUUGCAUGCACCUUGACGCUAGGUGCCGUGGGACUUCGCACGAAUCUCUCUUUCCAGAAUUGAAAGACUGCCAACUUGAAUUGGCAGGCGAGCUUCUCGUUGUUGUUUCCCAGUUUGUCUCCGAGUUUCGCAACGACCGCGUCUACUUCUUGCAUGCGCGCUCUGCUUCCUGCGGUGAUUUCUUGGGUUCCUCCGAAGUUCAGUGCUUCUUCGAUCCUUUCCUUCGCUGGCAGGAGCACGUUUUUGUGCAGAGCUGCUUGCCGUACUAG